CGCUAAUCAAAACAAAGAAACGGUGGGAGUUUCUCUUGAAAAUGUUCGUGAUUUUUGAUAAUCUACAAUCAAUUUUUCGCUAAAAACAAAAGAUUUGGUUUAAAAUAUGAUUGCGUCGUCAUACAGUUUCGUUUCUCUGCUAAAUAUUUGAAGAAAUUAUGGGUGCAAAAUGACCAUUCUAGAAAUUGCUGCUAGAAAACAUCUGGCUCAUAAGAAAGUCAUACAGAAAUUAAUUUAAACUUUUACAAACAAUGACACAGGUAUUAUUCUGAUGUUGUCCAAAUCGAUGAAUGGUAAACUUGACAGUUGUGGGAAUUAUGUUUUGUGUAAAACAACAUAUUCAAAUACUGACCAAAAUGCUCCAUUAAGUAAACAUGAUGUGUGUGGAAUUCAGAGAAUUGAAGAUACCAGUCCUGGGACUGCAGUUGUACUGGGUGAAGAUAAAUUUGCUCCCCAUAAAACUGAGCUGAGUUCACCAUUAAACAAACAAAUCAGUUCUGUGAAGAAUGAGGAACUGAUAGUGCAUGGUGUUCUUGACACCAGUAAAUACAUUCCUGCCUCUAGUAAAAGAGAACAUAAUACAGACAAAAAGCGUAUGAAUAUUGAAGAAAACAGUUUAAAAAAGUGUCAGUAUUGUCAUACGACGUUUCCAUACUCUUUAUUCAAACUACACGCACAAACAUGCAACAAAAGCAUAGCCAAUGAAAGUUCAAACAAUUCAGAAGAAAACUUAGCGACGUGUCGGUUCUGCAAGAGCAUUUUCCCCGACUCGCUAAUUCAACAGCAUACGGAGACAUGCACGCAAAGAAAAAUGCACAAAUGUGAAAUAUGUCAGAAAUGUUUUCGAGUGCAGUCGAAGCUUCUCAUUCAUCAACACGUGCACAGCAGUGAAAGACCUUAUCCUUGUAAGAUAUGCUCUAAGUCGUUUAAGUUUAGAUCAGGACUCAGCCGGCAUAUGCGGCGUGAACAUUCGAGCGGAGGUAAAACAGAACAUGAACAACAAAGUACCCCCUUGGAAAAAGAAAUCAGCUUUCGACCAGAUUCAUUUGAGGAUUGUAUUGAAGAAGAUAGUCAGUGCCAAUGUUGUGAGAGUUCUAGUAAAGGGGAACAUUUCAUGAGACAAACUGCUUUUGAAGCAGCAAAGACGAAGAUGGAGCAAGAAACUCGUCCUUUCAAGCAGGAAAAUGUCGAUCUUAAGAAUUGUUGUCAGACAGUCGGUCAGACUAUGGUGACAGAAAGCGAUAACUACCGGGAUAACAGUAUCAGGCGAUGGCCAGAAACGUUUGAGAUUGUGGAGAAUCCUAAAAGUAACUUUGAAGUCACACAAGAACUAGCUCAAGUACCCAAUGGACAUUUACCUAGCGCCAAACACUCGCCGUACAGGCAGAGAUCUGGCAAAAGCAAAGUCUAUGAGUGUGAGUAUUGUUCAAGUGUCUUCGAAAAGCCAUCAAAACUGUUAGUUCACAAACUUAUUCACAGCGAAGAGAGGCUGUUUGCAUGUGAAAUUUGUCAGAAUACUUUCAAGCACAAAGGUUCCCUGACGAGACAUAUCAAAGAGCAACAUUAUAGUCAAGGGAGACGAGCCUCCAGCGUGGCAGUCGAUGGUAAACAAAGAAGUAUACAAAAACAUCGUGGCCCUUUGGAGAAAGAAUCUAACUUCGAAAAUGAAAGUAACGAGUAUACUGCUGUUCAAGUAAAUUAUUCCAGUGACGAGGAGCAAGAUUGUGUAAGCAUGGUACUUGAUAGAAAGCAGGAGUGCCAAAUGAGCCUGUCGUUUCGGGAUGAAAGUAGCUUUCAAAACGUUGAUGAUUCCAUCGUUCAAGCGUCGCCUGUGAAGGAAAAUCGAACUCUUAGAUAUGGAAGAGGAAAGGCUUUAGAGAAAGAACAAAAUAAUCCAAGUAUGAUAUUUAGCAAAACUCAAGGAGAUAGAAACGGUUUGUCUUUGCAUGACGAAGUGAGCCUCAGAAAUCUGGGUAAAACCGACGAAUUUGGUGUGAACAAAAAUAAAAUUGGUUUGUUACAAGUUGAAGAUUGUUCAGAUCGAAAUGGUUUGUCUUCUCAGAAUGAAUUUAACACUGAGAGUCGUGAUAAUACAAAUGAUGAUGAUCCCGACAGAGAAAGCGUAAAUAAGAAGUGUAAAGAAGGUGACUAUGAAAUUCAUGAAAAUAUGAAACGAAAGCAAACGAAACAUGAUUUGCAAUGUAGGGAUAUCAAUUUGGAAAAUAUGGGAAAUGGUGUGGAAGUCAACGCAAAACGAGAUGAAAUACCCGAGGAACCUAAAUUAUAUUAUUGUCCAGUCUGUCCAAGAAUAUUUCCUAGAUCAUCUGCAUUACGGAAACACAAAAUAAUUCACAACGAUAGCAUGUCAUUUUCUUGUAACAUAUGCGGACAUUACUUCAAGUACAAAGGCUCAUUGACUAGACAUGUAAAAGAGCAACAUUAUGGUAAGGGAAGAAAGAGUUUUGGCAUUGUAGUGGAUGGGCAAGAAGAAAGUAUAUUAGAACAUUCGUCUCCUCCGGAGAAGGUUAGCUUUGAGGAUGCUGUUAAUUCAUCUGCCAUGGGUAAUGGUGGAUCGACAAGAUCUCCGCAGAAGCAAGAUUAUGGUCAAGUAAACAUGGAAGAUUGCAUGACAGCGGAUGAUGAAGCUCACGAAGGGAAAUAUAUUCAGAACGGUGACCGGCAUUCGAAGAACAGAAGUGAAAAUUGUAAAAAUAAAGAAGACAGUGAAAGCUGUGAAAGUUUGGAUGACAAGGAACAAAAUGAUCAAAGUGGUAAGUUUGAAGAACAGCAAAAGGAUGAAAAGAUUCUUUGUUUGAUGGACAAAGUUUGCUUUGAAAAUUUUGGUAGUAGCAAAGAAUGUCUUGUAAGACAAAGCGAUGCUUCCUAUGAAGAAAACAAUGUCGGCAACCCAAGUUUAGGUGGAAGACCCAAUGAUCAAAUUAUGAUGUCUGAUAGCAAGCAAAGAGAUCAAAUGAAAGUCGUUUGUUUUGGUGAUGUUGAUACCGAAGUUUGUCUUGUAAAAGAGGAUGAAUCAUGCAAACAUGUUAAGUGUAAUAAACAUAUUUUAAGCGUUGAUGAUGGACAGGGCAAGGAGGCUAGUUUGACGAAUAUUGAAAACCGCAGUGAAACUUUUCAAUAUGAAGAAGACUAUUUCGCUGAAAACAACCUGGAAAAGGUAAAAAAGGUUUAUGAAUGUCCUGAAUGUCCACAAGCUUUUCCAAUACCGUCCGCGUUGCGAAAGCACAAAGUUAUUCACAGCGAUAACAUGCCAUUUUCCUGUAAAAUAUGUGGUCGAUACUUCAAGUACAAAGGUUCACUGAGACGACAUAUCAAAGAACAGCAUUAUGGUCUCGGAAGGAAAAGCUUAAGUUCAGUUUUUGGCGACAUGGGAGGAUAUAAGCAAAUUAAUUGUCCUCCGCUUGAAGAAAACAAGAAUUCGUUAGACAUCAAUGAAAGUUUGAAGUGUAAGGAUGGAUCAACUGAAGAUUUGAAUGAUCAAGAUCUUAAACAAGGAAAAAAUGAUGCAAACAGCAUGGUAGUUGAUGAGAAAAACGAGGGUAAACCAGACCAAGAGGAUUGUUCUUCCGUGGAAAAGAGCAGUUUUGAUAUGAUGAGAGAACAUGAAAAUUGUGAUUAUAAAGUAGGAACUAUCCAGGAGAAUGCGGAGACCUCAGAUGCAAGACAAAAUGAUCAAAGUAUGAUAGGAAAUGAAAUGUCUCUGCCGGAUGAACUGGGAAAAGAUGGUUUACAAAAUGCUGACUCUGCAGAGGAAGACACGGAUAUUCCAAGCAUGAUAUAUAGAGAAAGGCAAGAAGAUGAAGAUCGUGUGAUCAUACGAGAUGGAGACAAUGAGGAAGAAGUUGAAACAUGGAAUCAUCAAGUACCAGUACAUUUUCCACAUCUGGAAGAUAAUUUUGAAAGUGGCGAGAGAAAUUUAGAAGUUAAGAGGAAAAUGUCUGAGAUUUGUGAAGAAAAUUUUGAUGUGGAUAAUCGUAAUUUCAAUGUUAACUCGGCAUCAUUUGAAACCCCCGAUAAAUGUUAUUUUCCCGCCAUACCGUCAGACCUUAUGCAAAAAUAUGAGGGAAUUAAGAUCUAUGAGUGUCCCGAAUGUCAGAAAGCGUUUGCAAAAUCGUCCCAUUUGCGAAAGCAUAGCCAAAGUCACAGUGAUGUGAUGUCAUUUUCCUGUCAGAUAUGCGAGCGUCGUUUCAAGUAUAAAGACUCACUUUCCAGACAUAUUAAGGAGCAACAUUAUGGCCAAGGCAGAAAAGGUUUGAGAAUGGUAAUGGCUGAGAAACUUGGAAGGGAAGAGGAGAAUAAGAAUUUGAACUUCUUGGAAACGAAAGAUGAUUUGGAGAACAAAUGCAAUUCUUUAGAAAUUGCAGACGAAGAAAGUACUGUUAAAGGGACAUUUGAAGCAAUUGUAGACGACGAAAGACCAAGAAAGUUUGGAGUGAAUUCUUAUAUUCAAAAUCAUAAUGAACAGGCCAUCCAAGAGAAAGACAAUGUAGGCAGAGAUAGGGAUGAGAAUAUUUCGUUUGAACAAAACGGAAAAGAAAGAAACUGGAACAACAUAAAACAGGAUAAGCCAAAAAUCGGCAGCGAUAACCUCGAAAAAGCACCUGUAGACUUUUCCUGCACACUUUGCGGGAGAUACUGUAAAUACAGGAGUUCACUAUCCAGACAUUAUAGAGAGCAGCAUCUCGGCAAAGGGCGAAAAGCGGACAAGUGUAGUUUCGAAGAUGGAAACACCAAGCAAGAAUACUCUGAUCGUGGUGAGAGAAAAUUGAAAGAAAAUGGCAGCGAGAUUAAUUCUAAUUCUGAACAGGUUUUCCAAAAAGAUAAUGUGGCUGUCACUCAUGAUGAGAAAUUCAAAUCGUCUCAUUUCGAACUUUUAAAGACGAAGAAGGUUCACAAAUGUUCAGACUGCCCCAAAACGUUUUGGUCGUCUUCUGAACUUAAGGAGCAUACAUACAAACACACUGACAUUCGAUCGUUUGUUUGUACUCUCUGUGAAAAAGCAUUUAAAUUUCGCUCGGGGCUCGUUCGCCAUAACAGAAAAGAGCAUAAAAAGAAUGGUUUAACCAGUUUAACCAAGUUCGUGAACGAAAAUGUGGACGGUAAUCACAUCUCGCCGGGGAAUAAUUUGAGAAAUGGAUGUUUAACGUCAGAGCAAAGAAGUCCGAUGUUUGAAGAAGGCAGUACAGAGUUUGGUGAUAAGAUUGAAGAGGAUUUUUCUAACGGUGGAGGAGGGAAGCUCGUUCACAGCAUUGUCGAUGAAAUUGACGAAAGUCAUUCCUCUCCUGAAAAUGUUAAUUCUGUUGUGGAAGUGGCUGAUAAAACUACGAAUGCAGUUGUGUCCGCCAGAAGUAUUUGCCAGAAACAGUGCGGUCAGAAGAAACCAGCCUCGUAUAAUUGUAACAAAUGUGACGCUGUGUUUAAACAACUGUGUGACUUUUUAACUCAUCAAAGAAUUCAUAAAUAGACCUGCAGAGAGCUGUACUUCACCGUACUGUAGAAACCAUAUUCCAAGUCAUGUAUGACUUUAUAUGUGAAUUUAACCAGUGUGACCUCGUUUUCGUGUAGCAAGCCUAAAGAUUAACGACUCAGUCAUAGAUGCUUAUUUUUUUAAGGAUUGGUUCUAUAGAAGGGUUAUAUUCAUACCACAGCCCUUUCUGGAGCUGCAGCUAGUACAAGCUAGAAAGCGCUACCUGCAUGCAUGGGUUGCUUGUAACUUGCUAUUUUGCUCAAGCGAAUGUAUUCCUCAUAUUAUUAUAUAUUUCGUUGUCCAUUCGAGGAGAUUUUGAAAAACAUAUGUCACUUGAUAUAUAGAUUUUAUUUCUAGAUUUCUUCGAUCCAGGGUUCGGUUGUUUAGCUUCUGCACAACGGCCCAAUAUUCGUAAUAUUAUUCCACGGUGAACGCAGUAUUUAAAGCGCUGCUUAACCUGCUGAAAAAUGUAUCAUGUAAUAUAGUUUAUAUUUUUAUAUAUAAAUGUAUAUA